GUCUGUGACGGACAUAUAGAGACAUGUAGAGACAUCCCCUCGUCUUCUCGUCUCGUCCAGCGUCGUCUUCCUCUGCUGCAACACAGGCGCUGCUCUCCAUCUGCUCCAACAUGAGUCAGAAAAGCGUUGUUUACAAGAAGAUCUGCAAGGACAACUCGGUUGGAGUCUACAUGGGGAGAAGAGACUUCAUCGACCAUGUGGACUUUGUGGAUCCAGUGGAUGGCGUCAUCAUCAUCGAUCCUGAGGCUCUGCAGCGGAGGAAAGUGUUCGUCACCCUGUCCUGCACCUUCCGCUACGGCAGAGACGACAUGGACGUGAUGGGAAUCGCCUUCCGCAGGGAGCUGUACGUGUCCACCCGCCAGGUGUACCCGCCUCUGCAGGACCUGGAGAAGGGGAUCCACACCAGCAUGCAGGCCAAGCUGCUGCACAAGCUGGGGAACAACGCCUACCCGUUCUUCUUCGAGUUCCCUGACAACCUGCCUUGCUCAGUGGCUCUCCAGCCAGGAGCCGGUGACGUCGGCAAGCAAUGUGCCGUGGAGUUCGAGAUCAAAGCGUUCAGCGCUGAGAGCCAGGACGCCAAGGUACGCAAACGGAGCACAGUGAAGCUGUUGAUCAGGAAGGUCCAAUACGCUCCAGAGAGUACGGGGGUCAAGCCCUCGGUUGAAACCCCCAUGUCUGAUAAACAGCUGCACCUCAAGGCCAGUCUGGACAAAGAGAUUUACUACCACGGCGAGACCCUCAAAGUGAAAGUCACCGUCACAAACAACUCCAGCAAACCCAUCAAGAACAUCAUCGUCUCCGUGGAUCAGAUCGCCAACGUGGUGUUGUACUGCAACGACAGCUACGUCAAAUCUGUGGCCAUCGAGGAACCUGGGGACUCGGUGUCUCCCGGAGCGACUCUGCAGAAAGUCUACAAGCUGUUGCCUCUGCUGGCCAACAACGCCGAGAGGAGGGGCAUCGCUCUGGACGGCAAACUGAAGCAUGAAGACACCAACCUGGCGUCAUCCAGCAUUAUCAAGGAAGGUGUUCUGAAGGAAGUUCUGGGGAUCAUGGUCUCAUACAGAGUCAUGGUGAAGCUCAUCGUCGGAGGGAUGAUGGGAUCAAGUGAGGUCGGCCUGGAGGUUCCCUUCAAACUGAUGCAUCCUAAACCUAAUGCAGGGAAGGAGAGCGAGACGGAGGGCGACCUGGAGUUCCAGGAGUUCAGACGCUGUGGCCUGAAGGGGAUGAUCGACGACGAGGACGAAGACGGAAACGUGUCGGCCGGUGACGACGUGGAGCCCAAAGAGAAAUAAACCAGGAAGACAGAGAGUCUACCGUGGGGGGGGCGACGGCUAAAACCACGACCGCUGGAGGAUCAAGUCUCCUCUGAGUUUGUGCUAAAUAAAGCUUUAGACUUAAUUAAUGGAGCAGGCCUGCAAAGGUU